AUGGCUUCCAACGACAGCAUCCUCAGCUCGGCUUACCUUGCCGUUGAAUACAUUGACUCUCUCCUGCCAGACAAUCCUUUACAGCGACCAUUUAAACAUGCCUGGAUCUACAUGCUGGACAACUACACCAAAUUCCAAAUUGCCACAUGGGGAUCCCUCAUUGUCCAUGAAGCCAUUUACUUCUUGUUCUGCCUGCCUGGCUUUCUCUUUCAGUUCAUACCGUACAUGCAGAGGUUUAAAAUCCAGCAGGACAGACCGGAGACAUGGGAAGGCCAGUGGAGAUGCUUUAAAAUGCUCCUGUUCAAUCAUUUCUGCAUCCAACUUCCUCUGAUCUGUGGCACAUACUACUUCACAGAGUUUUUUUAACAUACCCUAUGAUUGGGAUAGCAUGCCUCGAUGGUAUAUGUUGCUGGCCCAAUGUCUUGGUUGUGCCGUCAUUGAAGAUACCUGGCAUUAUUUCCUGCACCGUGCACUGCACCACAAGCGCAUCUACAAGUACAUCCACAAAGUGCAUCAUGAGUUUUUGUCUCCAUUUGGGAUGCAGGCUGAGUAUGCACAUCCUCUGGAAACACUGAUAUUAGGAGCUGGAUUUUUUAUCGGAAUUAUGGUUUUCUGUAAUCAUGUCAUUCUUCUGUGGGCCUGGGUUACAGUCAGACUUUUGGAAACAAUAGAUGUCCACAGUGGUUAUGACAUUCCUCUGAAUCCAUUACAUCUGGUCCCAUUUUAUGCCGGUGCCCGUUUCCAUGACUUUCAUCACAUGAAUUUCAUUGGUAACUACGCAUCAACAUUCACAUGGUGGGACAAACUCUUCAACACAGACUCUCAGUACAACAGUUACAGAACGAAAGUCAAGACACAAGAAGCAAAGAAGACCAAAUAA